AUGAAGAACGGAUUAGUUUCGUAUGCCCCAUUAACGCUCAACGGAACGAAUAUCUCCGAAUGCUCCAGUUAUGUCUUUCUAGGUCGAAAAAUCAACUUGUUGAACGGCCUAGCUCCAGAGUUGAGCAGAAGGAAACGAGCGGCUUGGGAAGCUUUUAAGAGCAUCGAGAAUGUAGUGAAGGGAACAUGGAACACCCGACGCCGCGCCCACCUUUUCGACUCAACGCUACUUUCUGCCCUAACGUAUGCCCCAGAAACCUGGUCGUUGCGUAAGCUGGAUGAGAGGUCACUCAGCGUUAUCGAACGCGCUGCCGAAAGGACGAUGCUAGGAGUAUCCCGUUUCACACAAGUAAGGGAUGGUAUCCGAAGCUCCGACCUACGAAAACGAUCAAAAAUUAAAGAUGCCGUUUUGUACGCCAAACAGUCCAAGAUAAAGUGGGCCGGACACGUAAUGCGUAUGAAUGACAACCGAUGGACAAGAACCGUUAAUGGUUGGAUUCUUCGGGAUGUCGAACGUACUGUAGGAAGACCACCGACUCGAUGGUCAGAGUUCUUCACAAAGAACCCUGAAGAAGGAUAUGAUGCUCGACGAGUCUCUAGAGCGAGCAGAAACCACUGGGCUACUCUUGCACACGACAGGGAAAAAUGGAAGGUUUACUAG